AGAGGAGGUGACGUGAAGAUGGUCUCCUGGCGGAAGGCGAUGCGUUGGGAUCAGAAACGGGCUUGAGGUGGCAGGAGUCAGGACGUGACGGGGAAGAAUUUCUGCUUGCACAUAUGGUCCCCUCUGAAACCAUGCCCGAAAUGACCGAGAAUGAAACUCCCACCAAGAAACAGCACCGAAAGAAAAACCGGGAGACGCACAAUGCAGUGGAGAGGCACCGGAAAAAGAAAAUCAACGCUGGGAUAAACCGCAUUGGGGAGCUCAUCCCCUGUUCCCCUGCACUGAAGCAGAGCAAGAACAUGAUCCUGGAUCAAGCCUUCAAGUACAUCACGGAGUUAAAGCGGCAGAACGAUCAGCUUCUCCUCAACGGAGGCAACAACGAACAAGCGGAAGAGAUCAAGAAGCUCCGGAAGCAACUGGAUGAGAUCCAGCGGGAAAACGGCCGCUACAUCGAGCUGCUCAAGGCCAACGACAUCUGCCUGUACGAUGACCCCACCGUGCACUGGCGAGGCGCCCUGCGCGGCCCCAAGGUGUCCGUGCUCAUCCCGGGGGACCCGGCGCCCAAGAACAUCAUCGUCUGUUCACACGGGGGCCAGCCUGCGCCCAGCGGCCCUACUACCCCGGCCCAGGGCAUCACCUUUGGCCUCGGUCAUGGCCUGCAGAAGCAGACGGCCAAUGUGGUGCCUGUGCCACGGGCAGGUGGCCCCGCGGCACCUGGGACUGGUCCCCGCGAGGACAAGCCGCGGCGCCGGAGCCCGCCACCGGUCCCUUCCGCCCCCGCUCCCUCCCAGGAGGCCCUGCGGCCCCCCAACUCGGACGGGAGCCGGGACACCUUGCCCCAGAAUGGCCGUGCUCCCCAGAGCCCCCGGCCCCCAGUGGACAGCAUCUCCUGCGAAACCACCCGGGCCCCGAGCCCCCGGGAACCGGCCAGCCACGGUCGGGUGGCGUCGGGCCCGGACCUCGCUGGCUCCCAGUCGUCCCGACCGCUGGCCCCAGGCUCGUCCCCUCCAGCCGAUGGGGGCCAGAGGGCAGGCCCGUCGGGUGGCCCCGGUGUAGCUGAGGGGGCUGCGGCCGCAGGCACGCAGGCCACCGGCCCCUUGGCCGGCUGCUGGCCCCUCCCCGGCCCUGUGUCGGCCGCGGGCCUUAGCACAGCUGACUCGAAGAGCCCAGGCAGCACCCAGACCACGUGGUCCACCCUGCAGCUGGCUGGGAGCACCAUCCAGUCCCUAAGCCAGACCACCAGCGGGCAGACGGCCACACCUCUUGUGAGCCCUGCGCCUGCCCCCCUCCCCUUCUCCACAGACAGGCAGCCUGCCGACCCGGGGGCUGGAAGCCUGACCUCCUGCCCAUCCCUCCCAGUGCUCCCCGCGGUCGCCCUGCCUGUGGCCGUCGCCCCGCCCAUGGCCGUCGCCCCGCCCCCGCAUGUCACCACACUCCCAGCUGUGGCCCCAACCCCAGCUGGCAUCCUACCGCUGAAUCCAGCCAUGCAGGUCAUCCAGGUGGCCCCACCAGCUGGGGCAGCCAUGGGCACGGCACCACUCAACCCCAACGUCAUCAUCCUCCAGCCCCCGAGUGCCACGCCAGGGGCCACCGGCCUAAGAGCAGACGCUCCCGGCCAACCGCUGGGGCAGCAGAUUGUCAUCAUCCAGGCCACUGCCAACCAGAGCCCCCUGCCCCUAGUGACGGCGGCCCCCGGCACCACCCGAGUGCCCGGCGUGGGGUCGGGGCUGGUAGUGGGUGCCGGCGGCACGGGGCAGGGACUCUCUGGCCCCCAUACUUUUGGAGGGAAGCAUCUGGUCCAUAUCCUGCCACGGCCCGCGUCUCUGUCGUCCACAAGCCUCUCCGUGACCGUGACCAGUCAGCCACCUCCGCCGCCCCCGCCUCCUCCGCCGCCCCAGACCAUAUCUCUGAAUGGACAACUGUUUGCCCUGCAGCCAGUGACGCCGUCUUCGGGGCCCGCCGGCCAGGCGGCCAUGCAGAUCAUUCAGCCCACCACCAGCGAGGACCCCCACACCAACGUGGCGCUGAAUGCUUUCGGAGCAUUGGCCAGCCUCAACCAGAGCAUCUCCCAGAUGGCCGGGAACGGUGGCGGCUCGGCGGUCCCUGCCCCCUGCGCUCCACCCCCCUCUUCUGCUCCGGCCCCCAGGGCCCCCGACAAGGCCUCUGGCCUCUCCCUCGCCACCCCCGGGAGGGCGCUUCCUGCCACCAAGACCAAGAGGACAAGUAAGAGGCUGGGCUCCAGGAGGCAAGGGGCCGGGAAGGUGGUGGGCUCUGGGGGAUCCGCCCGAGGGGGUGAGGGGAAGCCAGACCUGGCCAGCCCCGAUGGACCCCCCACACUCUCACCCCCUCACGAGAGGCUGGACAGUGGGCCCGGGGUGUUGCCCGGCACCAGCGGGAGCCUCCCUGACUGCACGUCGCUGGAGGGUUUGCGGCCUGAGCUGAUGGCACCUAGCUCCUCGCCACAGCCUGGCACCACGCCCAGUCAGUCCAUGAAAGACCCGGGCCCAUCCCCUCCUGACCCCAAGGUGUUGGUCAGUCUGCCCCCGCCGAGAGACUCCCAGGCAGGGGCUCUGGCCGAGGCCGUGGCGUCCCAGACCGCCCCAUGUUGUGUCUCGGGUGUCUCCGGCCCCCCGCCCCCCGCAGACCCCCCGGGGCCUGAUCCGGCAGCACCGGGGGCAGUUAGGUCCAGUCCCCCUGGUGCAGAUUGUGCCCCUGAGGCCUCCACAGUGGCAGCGGAAUCCUGCACCAUCCGGACGGAUACGACAGCCACGGUGCCCAUCCCGGGCCCGGCUUCAGUAGCUGGAUUCCCAGGGCUGCAGUCUGGCCUUCCCGGGGAGGCGGGUCCGCAGAUGCCCUCCCUAUUGGACCCCUCCCCCGCCCCUCUCAAGAGCUCGACAUCAGCUGAGCCGUGCGCUGGUCCUCCUGCCCCGCCAGAUUUGAGGGCGGCGGGCAGCGGGGACUCACCAUCCAGCCACGGAGUUCUCAGCGGCACCCUCCCAGCCGGACGCCCGGAGGACUCUACCCUUGUGGCAGGCCCUGGGGCCAGCCGUGGCUUCUCGGUGGCUUCCAUGCUCCCUGACCCAGCCCGUGGUGGCAGUGGCAGCUCAUCCACCGCAUCUGGUGAGGGCUGUCUCUUCCAGGAGCCUGCAGAUAUCGUGGCUGUGGCCGCCCGAGUGAUUUUUGACCCAGAGAAUCCGAACCAGGGCAGAACGGGAGUGCGGACUGAUGGGAAGGAUGCUGCCCCACAGCCACCGGCCGGAGCCACCCCGUUGGGUGCCCUGACACCCAAGGGAAGCGGGUCGGUGCCGGCCGACUGUGGUUCCCGGGAUCACCAGGCGGGCGUGGGGCGGCUGUGUGAAACACUAAGCUGCCUGGAAGCGGUCGGACCCCCCGGGGCCUCUCCGCAGGCCUCGGCCUCCCAGGCCCCAAGUCUUGUCCGUCUGAGCGUCAGCAGCCUCGUCCACCCAAGGAGCGGUAGUGGUGGCCACCCUCCGACCAGUGGCGCCGGCCUGGCCCGGUCUUCGGAACAGGCGGCCAUCCCGGCACCGGCAAACCUGCCUCCUCCCCCCGGCCCCUACACCAGGCCACCCCCCGGCCCGCUUCACCUGGCCAGUUACUCCCAGGAACAACUCACCGUUCUGCCGGCCACCCACAACCAGGACGCCCCCGGGAAACCGGGCCCCGAGAAUCGCAAAGACGUCACCCCAAAGCGUGCAGGUCGAGAUGAUGCUUGCCUUCCCACGGCCAAGCGGCAGAAGUCCGGGUUACCGAAUCCCCUCAGACCCGAGGGCGUGCCCCUGGCAGGCCGGACCCCAGAUGGCCUCACCGAGCAGGCUCCGGCGGUGGUCGGGAGCGUGGCCCCCCCGCCCGGGCCCCCGAGUGGCCUGAGCCGGCCAGAGGGCCUGAGCCGACUCCUCGUGAGCAGCACCGGCUUCGGGCCCGCGGCUGGGCGGCCCGCCGACGGUCCGUGCUGCCCCCAGCCUCUGGGGGUGGAACAGCUUCCCAACCAGGCUGCCGCCCAGCACCUCCAGCCCCUGAUGCAGCACCUCCCUGCUCAAGGUGGCACCCAUCUGCACAGCACCCACCUGUACCUGAAGCAGCAGCAGGUGCAGCAGCAAGGACAGCAACAGCAGCAAGUGCAGCAGCAGCAGCAGGCAGCACAGGGAGGCCAGUUACGCGAGAGGCAUCACAUGUACCAGCUGCAGCACCAUCACGGGCCCCUAGGCGAGGGCUCCCUCCACAGUCAGCCCCAUGGCACCCACCAGCAGAGAGUGCUGCAGCCGGAGAGCCAGAUGCAAAAGAAAAGAAACCUCGUCCCAGUGCCACCGGGCCCCCAGCUGUCCCUGCAGGCCAAGCUUCACGGGAAUGACCAGUCGCGAGCCAAGGUGGGGCAGCCUCACCCCCACCACCACCAGCAGAUGCCCCCGCCCCCGCCACAGCACUUUGCCAGCUCCCAGUCUGAGAAGAGCUGCGACAACCCAGUCCCAAGCCGCUCCAACCACCACAGCCACCCGCCGGGCCAUCUCAACCCGGACGUUCUGCACCCUCCCCAGGAGGCGGGGGCCCGGCCGUCGGGGACGGUGGGGCCCACGGAGCAUGGGCCCGGGCCCAGCCAGAUGCAGAGGCUCCUGACAGUGAGAGGCUUGGACCAGCAGCCGCCGUUGCCGCAGAUGGUGUCCCAGGCCCCUGUGGCGGGUCGGCCCUCGGAGCUGAACUGUGGCCCACACCGACAGGAGCGGCACCGCGUCUCCAGCUACUCGGCCGAGGCGCUCAUCGGGAAACCCGCAUCCACGUCAGAGUCGCGGCUGGGCCUGCCAGCUCAAGGAGUCCGGGGCCCCGAGCAUCUGGACGUGAGAGGUUAUCUCAGCGUCUCCAGGAACAAGGGCCUAGGCCUUGCCAAUAUGCAGACGCGAGGGGAGCAGGCCCCAGCCACCACGGACCCCCGCCAGGCCUUUAAACCGAGCAGCGGUGCUGGACCCCAGCCUCCAGGGAGUUUCGAAGCCCAGCCACCACGCAACGGGGACAUCGGUCACCCUGCGCCGGCCCUAAGGGUCCCACCGGCCCAGGCUUUCCGAGUCGGGCAGGGCAGUGGCCCGCCCACCGACCGGCAGAAGAGAGUGGCGUAUCCCAUGGUCCAGGGUGGGCCCGCAGGUGCCACCACCCUCCCAAGAGAGGGUGGGAACCCCUGCCACCAGAGCUUCAUGCAGAGCUUACUGGCAUCCCACCUCGGGGACCCAGCCCUUGGGCAUCCCCGGCCGCUGGCCGAGCACUCGAGGAGUGCCCACUGUGGCCCACUCCCCGCCCUUGAGUAUGCCUGCCCCCCGGCGCACGAAAGCGUCCACCUGCGGCGGGACGGGGACAGUCAGGGCCGGGAGAGCUGCGACCUGGCCUUAGGGGCCUUGACCUCGAGGAGUAGUAGUGCCCUCAGCCUCCCCUUCCCGAACCCCCCAUCCUCCUCGGGGGACGUCCAGGGCCGAAACCCGAGCCCCGGGCUGGUGGCCCAGAAAAUCCAGCCCGGGAGAGUGACAGACAGCCAUGGGGGCAAGGGGCAUGUGACCCCAGCGGUCUCCUCUAGCAUGCAUGGGGGGGCCCGUCCUGGCCCGCCCCACCCCCCCGGGCCCCGAGGGGGUGCCGACCCCGGGCCCCCCAUCCGCCCACCCAACACUUCCAUCCCCCAGCGCUCACGGCACCACCUUCAGGACGGGGCCGCUGCCAAGCUCCGCCCGCCUGAGCGGAGUCGCCCCGGACCCCACAGGCAUGGGAACGUCUUCGACCCAACCCUCCCGCACCUCCCGCUGCCGGGCGGAGCUGGCGGAAGCACCACCGGCAGUAGCAUGCUCCUGGGCCGCCAGCAGCCCAGCGCUGAGAAGAGAGGGGGUAUCGUCCGCUUUGUGCCCGAGAGCCCCCAGGGACCGAGCAACCCCGGGGCGGCUCCGGACCAGCACUCACUCUCCCAGAACUUCAGCUUCCCGUUCCUCCCCGAGGGGGGCAUGAACGCCCCCCUCAACGCCAAUGCCUCCUUCAUGCCACCGGUCACGCAGGCUGGACCCGCCCGUGCACCCGCUCUGCUCCCGGUGGACUCUCAGAACGCCCUGCCCUCUUUCUACCCACCGUAUUCACCUGCCCACCCGCCCCUGCCCAAUGACCUCUCCAUCCCGUACUUCUCCAACCAGAUGUUCUCCAACCCCGGCCCUGAGAAGGCCGAUGGUGGUGGGCUGAACAACCGCUUCGGCUCCAUCCUGAGCCCACCCAGGCCCGUGGGCUUUGCGCAGCCAAGCUUCCCCCUCCUCCCGGACAUGGCGCCCGUGCACGUGGCCAACCCCGCGCACCUGCCCAACUUCAACAUGACCUCACUCUUCCCAGAGAUCGCCUCGGCUCUGCCCGAUGGGUCGGCUGGGUCCCCUCUGCUGGCCGUCUCCAACCCGGCCGCCUCGGACUCGGCCAAACAGCCAUCCAACAGGCCCGCCCACAACAUCAGCCAUAUUCUGGGGCAUGACUGCAGUUCGGCUGUGUAGUGGAGGGUGGUGGUGGGGAGACGGGCACGCCCCAGCCCCCAGUGGGGCCGAGGGCUGCUUAGUUGUGGGGGCAGACCCCGACUUCAGCCUAUUGGCUGUCCUGAGCCCCGCUGUCUGCUAGUCCAGGUGUCCGUCGCUUCCCUCUACCUGCCUGCUUCAGGUCAGAGGUCAUUUUUCAGGGAGCAGAGUGGGAUGGUGCCGUUCCUCAACCAACUCCCCGGAGAACAAAGCCGGAUGUACAGGUGGUGCGGUGAUUUGGGGGAGUAAUUAAUAUUCCUCUUAAAUAGGCUGGCCCAGGCACUAGCUCCGAAGAGGUUCCCGGGAGACUCGGUCCAUCAGUGGUACUUCUUGAGUGCUUACUGUGUGCAGAGCAGUGAGAGGCAGGCUGGAGACAGGUCCUCCUGGAAGUGAUGUCGGUGGGUAGGCUGUUAAUUUGGGUGGCUGGUUCAGGCCUUCCCCAGACCGCCUGUGGUGGAAAGUCAGAUGAGACCGUGGCUGUGUGGCAACAGUGUUGGCCGGAGGCUGGCUGAGGAAAUGAAGAAGGGAAGACCCGCUGGAGAAAUGGCUUUGAUUCAGCCCCUGGGAAUGUACCCACACCUGCAUGCACGUGCGUGCGCACACACACACACACACACACACACACACACACCACCACCACCCCUUUUCUGCUUCCUCCUGCUCCACUUUGGUCCCUCCAGAUGGUAGCUGGGCCAACCCUGAGCUUUCAGCGCCAGGGAGGAGCUGCUUGGCCACCUGGAGAGCUGAAUCCCUGGGUACCCCUGACUCAUUGGCCACCUGGGCUAGUCCAGCCUCACAUGGGCAGCCUCACUGGGGCCACAUUCAGAAGGCAGAGGUGGUGCUCCCCUUUUGAGGUCUCUAGCCAUGCCGUUCCCCUGGGCCAGAUCUCCUCUUCUUCUCCUCCAGCCCCUCCUCCUCAGGUGAAAGAACAGAUAGAGCUGGGCCUGGAGGAAGGGGAGGGGAGGCAGGCAAGGCGUUGAAGGCCACAGAGGUCAGGUCUGUCUUCAACAGGACCUGCCCCACAUUGCCCCCCGUCCCCCUCACUACUGCACUUUAGCUGCCACGUGCUCCCAGGGCACCCACCCUAUGAGCCCUUGGCCAGCUGGGAUUCCCCUGCCAUAGCAUUGAACCUGGUGCAGCUGUUUCUCGGUGUUGCCUUAGCUCUUGCAGCAGCUGGUGGAGGGGAAAGGGCGGCAGCUGACAGGAACCGCCACCGGUCCAGGGCCCAGAGC